AGAGUGCGUCGUGAGCUGAAAGUUUGGGGCCGUCUCAAACAUGAUAGUAUUCUUCCGCUAUGGGGAGUAGCAAACGACUUCGGUCCCCACCCUGCAAUGAUUUGCCCGUGGGCUGAUAAUGGAGCUCUCACGAGCUUUCUUGAGCGCCAGCAAGACGUGUUGUCAGCUCAAGAUAAGUUCUCGCUUCUGAGUGACAUCGCUCUUGGGUUACAAUACCUCCACAGCGAAUCAGUUGUCCAUGGUGAUCUGACGGGGUCAAAUGUCUUGAUUUAUCGCAACGGCCGGGCGUGUCUUGCUGAUUUUGGUCUCUCCACUAUCAUCCGGGAGUUCAUCGGUACCUCCUAUUUUACGAGCACCAUACGAGGGAAUAUCCGAUGGGCAGCUGCAGAGUUAUUUGUUGAAGACGAUGGAGUCACGCUCACCACCGAGUGCGACAUAUACUCAUUUGGCAGUAUCACCUUGCAGAUACUGACUUGCAUGGUACCCUACUACAACGUGAAGAAGGAUGUUGCAGUAUUGAGACAAGUCAUUGAGGGUAAGAAACCGGAGCCUCCCAAGGACUCCCAGAUAGCGCCAGGGCACUGGGAGUUCAUACAACGUUGUUGGUUGCCUCGUGCGAGUCGUCCGUCGGUUGGAGAAAUUGUGACAUUUGUUGGAUGUGAACGACAAGCUCUGGCAUCAUAG